GAAGAAAAGGCAGUCAACCAAUCGAACUCUGCUCCAGGAACUUUGGAGGAAAGCAGAAAAAUAAAGUAUAAGGAACCAUUAUUGUUGUAGGAUAGACUUAAAAUGCGGAUUCACUAAAGGUUGAUUAUGUUAGUUAUGUUAGUCAGCCAAUCAACUAAUGAGAACUGCCUCGAAAAAUACGGUGUUAAUGUUCAGGGAGAGAGAAGGGUUCAGGGUCACUUCAGAGAAAAUAGUGCAAUUUCCUAUUGAUUUUAUCCAUCUUCACAGAUUCGGUCUCGUUAAAAAGGAUCUGAUGUGCGCGUCUAAUGGAGGUUAAGUUUUGUUACUUUAGUUCUUUUUAAUGUUAAGAAAGUAGAUGGGGUUUAUAUGUUCUAGAACGACAUCGACGUCACACGACCAUGUAGCGUCAGUUACCUUGAGAUCGUGAGCUUGAAAUCGCGUGACCUUGAAACGCGAAAUACCUUGAAGCGAUGUGACCUUGAAAUUGUAAAUGGUAUUGACGUUGAAGCGAUGUGACAUUGGGAGGGUAAAUGACCUUGACCUUGAAGUCGGACAACCUUCAGGAUGUGAACGACCUUGAGGUAGAGAUGGGAUCCGUGGAUUUAUGCCUUUGAAUAUGUGAAGAGAUGUAUCAGGAUUCAGUUGUUAGCAGACAAUGAGUGUAGUGGAGUACAAAAGCAAGUGACAAUAAGUGAUACAACAUGUCGAGUGAGUUGCAGGCUGCCUUUCUAUUAGUGCAAUCAGUGUUAGAACGGGACAUUUUGGUACUGGACCAGAGUUCAGAUAUGAAUCAAUCCUGGAGGAUUAUAUACCAUUAUAUUUAUAAACUAGAUUUCAAUAAAGAUUUGUACCGGUUUGUGCGUCGUUUUGCGAAUUGUGUUUUAGUGCAUUUAAACUAUCCAAAACUAUUAUUUGAUAUCGAUCAUGGUGCGCCAGUGCUGUGUUUGCAAGAUAUACACUCGUCAGCGAUGCCUAAGGAACCUACAAGAAGAUCUAUUUGGGUAUCUCUUCUGGGAUUUGAGAAAGACCACCAGUUCCCAAAGUAUGCUUACGUCUGUUCCAAACACUUUCAGAAAAGUGAUUUUGUAAUUAUGCCUGAUGGAGCUAGGCAUCUCAAAUGUGAUGCUGUUCCAACUGCUGUGCAUUCUGCCUUUGAUCUCACAAAGAGCGCCAGUUCAGAGUCAUCGCUUAGUCUCAGCUCUUUUAGUAGUCCUGGCAAGGAACAAAUAGGAAAUUCCUCAAGCUCAGAGCCCCAUUCAGAAAUUGACAUUCUGGGUAUUACCGCCACUUCAGCAGAUGGUGGCCCUGUUGUAAAACGCUUGAGAUUUGAAGACAUUGUUGCUGAUGUGAAAUCCGAUGUACAGCUACAGAGACCAAAGAACAGCUACAGAUUCAAGAAAAGCACAGGUAAUAAAUAUUUUGUAUCUAUUCGUUAGAACAUGAAAAUGUGUACACGGAACCAUCUAGAGAGCUACCAUCUUAUGCAGUUGCUAAUUCAAGUUCAUCAGAUACGACUACUGCAUCAGAGGCUGAAGAACAGCUGGACUCUGUAGCAAUGCCCGCCCUUACAUCUGAUUUUCACACGAAACCAGUUGCAGGACUAAAGAGAAAGAGGAAGAGCCGUUAUGUUGGUGAUAUGUCGAGUGAUGAUUUCUCCUCACCUGUAAAAGCAAAAAGAAACUUUUGCAUAAUGAAAAAUGUAAUACAGGCCCAGAGAAAAAGAAUUCAUGGACUUCGAGUCACAGUUAACUCACUCAGGAAGAGAGUAAGGACACUAAAUAGCCUUAUUAGUGUUUUAAAGAAAAAGUCUUACAUAAGUGACCCAUCUGAAAAUGUUUUGAGGGCAUCGUUAUCCGGCUGAUCUCUUAAAAUUUUUGAGAGAAUGUUACGAGGGCCAUCAUCACAGAAGUAUGACCCUUCAAUAAGGACUUUUGCAUUAACCUUAUCUUUUUAUUCGCCUAGAGCUUAUAAUUUUGUCAGGAACACGUUCAAUAAAUCACUGCCUCAUCUAAGCACUAUCAGUAAAUGGUAUAGAUCGGUUGAUGAUUCCCCAGGCUUCACCCAAGAAGCACUGCAGGCUUUGAAAAUAAAACAUGAAUACGCUUUGUCACAAGGUAAGGCAGUCUACUGCAAUUUGGUCUUAGAUGAGAUGUCCAUCCGUCGCCAGGUGGAAUGGACAGGCAGUAAAUUCUCUGGGUAUAUAGAUAUUGGCUCAAAGAUCGACUCGGACAUUUUACCUGAAGCAAAAGAAGCUUUGGUAUUCAUGCUUGUUUGUUUGAACGGCUCAUGGAAAAUACCAGUAGGCUAUUUCUUUUUAGAUGGUCUUAGUGGAAAAGAAAAGGCGAGAUUGUCAAAAAAUGUCUGUCUUUUAUUCACGAAUCUGGUGUUAUAGUGACGUCACUAACAUUUGAUGGUGCGCCAGUUAAUUUUACUAUGGCUUCUCAUCUAGGAGCUAAUUUUGAUGUCAGUAUUAUGAAAACCUGCUUCACCCAUCCUGUGACUGGUAGCGAUGUGUUUAUAAUUCUAGACCCAUGUCACAUAAUCAAAUUAGAGCGAAACACGUUUGGGUCUCAAAAAUAUUUAAUUGAUCAAGAUGGAAAUCAAAUAGACUGGAAUUUUUUAAGCAAACUGGUAGAUACACAAUAUAGUGAAGGCUUGCACUUAGGCACUAAAAUUACUGUUCGCCAUCUGCAGUUUGUUAGAGAAAAAAUGAAAGUGAAAAUAGCUACCCAAACGCUGAGUAAAAGUGUAGCAGACGCUCUAUCAUAUUUAUGUAAGGAUCUUAAGCUUCCAGCUUUUCAAAAUGCAGAGGCCACAGCUAUUUUCAUCAAAAAAUUCAACGAUGUAUUUGAUAUAUUCAAUUCCAGAAAUAAAUUGGCCAAAUAUCAAUUUAAAAGACCACUAUCACCAGCAACGGCUGAACAAUUUUUUAGUUUUUUUGAUGAAUUAAGCAGUUACAUAAAAAAUUUAAAGUUAGGAAGCAUUCCAAUCAUUCAGUCGCCUAGAAAGACUGGCUUUUUAGGCUUUCUUAUUUGUAUUACCAGUUUGAAGGGUCUAUAUAAUGCAUAUAUUUUAGAAAACAAAUUAAAAUUCAUAUUGACGAAUAAAUUAUCACAAGACCACUUGGAACUUUUUUUCGGUGCAAUAAGAGGGAAAGGGGGAUAUAAUAAUAACCCAAGUGCAAGGCACUUUGAAGCAGCCUACAAAAGAUUACUCGUCCAUACUGAAAUAACAGGUCCAAGUUCAGGAAAUAUUUCAGAUGGGAAUAGUGUAACAAUUCUGUCGUGUGGUAGUGGGCGAGAAAUUACUGCUACAGAUAGUGGAGAUGAUUUGACAGACAGCAAACAGUAUUUAGACUUUGAACAAGACGUCAAAAAUAAUAUACCGACAUACAUAUCAUCUUCAUCUGCUUGGGACUUGACUGACUAUAGCGAAAAUGUUGUAGGAUAUAUUUCUGGUUUUGUGGUAAAAACAAUGAAAAAAUGUGUCACUUGCACAAAAUGCAGCAGUGCAUUAGAAAGUUCCGAAGUCAUUUCUACGUUACAGAGAGUUAAACAAUAUGGUAAACUUGUAAAAGCCUCUCGAUUCGUAAUUCAACUAUGUACCGCUGCCGAAAAAUAUUUUAGAUUCUUCCACAAAACCACAAAUAUUUUCAAUAAAAAUAUUCACAAUUUAUUAGAAACAUUGAAAAUCAAUACGAUCAAAACUUUACCACCAGAAAUUCUAAGCCAUUUUGAGCACCAUUUGUUUGAUGAUGAUCCUGUAGAUGGGCAUGCAGUUCACUUAAUAAAACUAAUACUCCACCAUUAUUUCAAAUUAAGAAUUCACCAUGAAACUGCUAAAAAUAUGGACUUAUCAGCAAAAACAAGAGUUCGAAUUGUACUAACCAAAACUAUUUUAUUUAGGCAUGAAUAAUUCUAGAAUAUAAAAAUGUAUAUACCACAAAAGUCAAAAUACUCUUAAUGUAGCGUUUUGUAUUAUAUGUUUACAAUAAUCCAAAAUUUUGAAUCGGUAAAAUCUAUAAAAUAGUUAUCAUCUAUUCAUAAUCUAAGAUUAU